GAUUUACAAUGGCUUUCAGUGGAGAUAAUGAAUCCAAGCUUCUAUCAUUAAGCUUGUCGUCUAACAUGUCUACUAGCCUGUCUAAAGGAAGUGCUGAAGACUUUGAAAUUAUCUGUGUCCCUUGUGACAAAGAAAACAUCCGCCUACCUGCUGUUGGGUUCUGUGUAAAUUGCGAGGAACAUUUAUGUCAAACCUGCUUUGAAACACACAGGCGACCUAAACCAUCACGGCGUCAUCAACUUCUUGACAGAGAUCAUAUGCCUCAAACACAAGAUUAUUCAAAACUGUCAUUACGUACCCCUGGAAGAGAGUCUGAUGACCUUACAACUCCAUGCUCAAAACAUCCCAAAGAAAUAGUCAAAUUCUAUUGCCAAGACCAUGAGGCUUUAGUAUGUAAUGUAUGUGUGACUUUGGAACAUACAAAAACAUUAUGUGUUAUUGAUUAUAUACCAGAUAUAUCUACUGAAAUCAUUGACAGCAUUGAAUUGGAAGGCACACUGACAAAUAUUGACCAAAUGACUGAAAAAUGCUUGCAUAUGACUGCAGAUUUGAAGCAAAAGUUAGAAAGCUCAGCAACUUCACUGGCAAAUGCUAAAGAAGAUAUUGAAACAUCAAGGGCUGAAAUUGAUAUGAAGGUGGAUGAAAUGGAAAAAGAAGCUAAAGAUACUUUAAAGAAACUCCAACAUGACAACAGCGAAAUGUUAGAAAAAACAGAAACAACAAGUGAUGUUAUAAUGAAAUCACUUGAAGCAUCAGCUAAUGCUUUGAAACAUCUGAACAAAUGCAAGAAAGCUGACCAACUUUUUACUGAGCUUCAGAGUGUUAAGCAACUGAUUUUUGAUUAUGAAAAUAAGUUGAAACAACUAGAGGCUACAACAGGUGAGUGUAAAGAAUACAAAUUUGAACCAAAUGAAAGUAUUGAAACAUUUCUUCAGGAUGAAACAUCCCUUGGAACAUUGAGGCCUACGGCACAUGAACAAUCAGACCAGCUAUCUAAGCAACUGAAUCUUUAUAAUGAAAAUAGAUUUAAACAACAAGAGGCUGUAGGUGAGUGUAAAGAAUACAUAUUUGAACAACAUGAAAUUGAUGAAACAAUUCUGAAGGCUGAUACAACUCUUUGGACACCGAGGCCUACAUCACAUGAACAAUCAGACCAGCUAUCUGCUUCAUUGUCAGAGCCAGAGAAAGAAACUCUUUCCUGCACAAUUUGUGUCAAAUCAUCCACAGAUAAAAAGGACUGCUAUAUAAGCGGGAUAGCUGCAGGCUCUAGAAAUCAAGUUAUUGUAGCAGAUAAAUCCAAUGCUUUAAUUAAAGUUGUAGAUCUAGAUAGUCAAGAUAUCAUACAAUGCAAAUUGGAUUCAAUACCUUGGGAUGUUACUAUGACAAGUGAUGAUACCAUUGCUGUUACAAAGCCACUUGCUAAAACAAUACAGUUUUUGUUGUUUACCUCAAACACAAUAAAUGAACAACAUAAAUUGAAGGUAGAAGGGGAAUGUUAUGGACUCAGUCAUCAUCAUGGAAAACUUGUUGUAACAUUUCUAAAUCCAGCUAAACUCCAUAUUAUGGACAUGGAAGGAAAAGUGCAAAGAAGAAUCCUCAGAAAUUCAAAUAGGAAACUGAUUUUUAAAAAUCCAUUACACGUGGCCACAAACAGCGACUCAAUCUUUGUAUCUGACUGUGACAAGCAAACAGUUUUCUGUUUCAACUGGGAGGGAGAGCUGACAGGAAGCUACGAUAGGAUGCAAACUCCAAUAGGCAUAGCCCUUAUAGAUGAUGGAUCUGUUUUUGUGAGUGAUAUCAGUGAAGACGAAUGUAACAUACUUCAUAUAUCUGCUGACUGUAAGAAAGCUGAGAUUGUUCUGCAAGACUUGAACUAUCCACAGGCCAUAUGCUGGUUUUCUGAAACAGAAACACUGUGUGUCUGUAACCAUAGUGAUCAUAAGGAAGAAAGAAAUGAUUUAAAUAUCUACAAGUUUUAAUAGACAUAGACAUGAAAAACGAUACACAGACAAAAAAUUCCCUACAACACAACUAGGGUAUACUUAUCUUAUUUUGUAAUCUCUGUUGAUACCAAUUCAUUUUUGUCUGUAGUACUAACAUUUAAGAGCUUUAGAAGUUUAAGAAAAUUACACUUUCCUAUGUUAGUGUAGAUGUGCAA